AUGGCAUCUGACCUCCUUCAAGCCGAGCCUAGCCUCCGCCGAGACUGGGAUCUUUUGGCGUCGAUCUGUGCCGACGAGAUGUGGAUCUGCUACGACAAACUGAACAUGGGUAUCAGCAGCCAGAAGAUGCCCAAGGAGGACUUUAUAGCCAUGCUUAGUAGCUCUCACUUGCUAGGAAAUCCCAAAGUCUCUACACAACAUUUUCUUGGGAAUGCUCUAUUCGAAGCGGUCCAGGCAAAGGAAAGCGAAAUCAAUGUCGUCUGUGGCGAGUGGCAGAUUAUGGCCAGCCACCAGCGAGUUUUGCCAGAUAGCGAGAUGAAAUGCUGGUUGUCUCAGGGUUAUUUGAAGCACUUUUACCAGAGGGUGGGAGCAGAGUGGAAGUUGUACGGCAUAGAGCCGAGCAUCGUGCUUAUGAAUGCUCAAGGGGUGAUUGAAGACAUCUUUGUACUACAAUAA